AAUCAUUCUUAAAAGCAUAUGCACAACAAGACCACUCUGCUGAGUGAAGGAUCUUCGUCUAAUGUGUUCCUAACCGAGGAUCCCAAUUACGUAAUCAAAGAAUAUAAAUCAUUCUACUCUAUACAGUCCAGAAUGAAGGAAGUUCAAAUUUUAGAACUCCUCAAAAGUAAUCACAUCGUCAAACUCAUCACCUACACAGAUAACUACUUGGUUUUGGAAAGACUUUAGACACACGAUUUGUUUGAAGUACUCCAAUCUCAAAAACUAAACACACAAAUUAUAAAGGAGAUUUGCAAGACCUUGAUCAAAAUUAUAAACUAUGUUCAUCAAAACCAAGUCGUACACAGAGACAUCAAAUUAGAGAAUAUUUUGAUUGACAAAGAGGGAGGGUUAGUUUUAUGUGAUUUCGGCUUUGCAGAACUGUUAAGUAAUUGUACAGCCAAAAGAACUGUUGGUACACUCCAUUACAUGCCUCCUGAAUUGCACUAAGAAACACUCUUGGGAGGACACAAUAGUGAGAACAUAAAUACUCAAGUACUAAUAAAGAGUGAUGUGUUUUCAUUAGGAGUUACUCUAUUUUAGUUAAUUCUGGGUUUUAUGCCCUUCAAAUCCACCAAACCUAGUGCCAGUUGCAAGUUGUGGAAAUUGAUUCAAUAAAAAAAAUGGUAAUAGUAUUGGGCACUCGUUUAAAAAUUGUCAAAAUAAUAAAUAGAUCUAAUCACACAGGACUUUCUGGAGCAAUUACUUUAGCCAGAUUCAACUACCAGAACUACUCUAGAUAUUAUUUAUAAUCAUCCUUAUCUUUCAGAGAUCAAGGAUGAUGCCCAUUUAAUUUGA